AUGGACACAGCUUCAGGUAGUGAAGGUGGAGGAAGAGGAGAAGAAAGAGGAGAGCCUGAACCUCCAUCACCGGUGCCUGUUGCUGCAGCACCAACAAUUACCACUACCACAGCCACGCCGGCGGAGACAUCAGACUGGAACACGUUCUUGCAGUACCUUCGGAACCACAAGCCGCCAUUAACGCUAGCGAGGUGCAGCGGCGCGCACGUGAUCGAAUUCUUGAAAUACUUAGAUCAGUUCGGAAAGACCAAGGUGCACGUGCCGGGAUGUCCGUAUUUUGGACAUCCCAAUCCUCCUGCACCCUGUGCCUGCCCUCUCAAACAGGCGUGGGGCAGCCUUGACGCACUUAUAGGAAGACUCAGGGCGGCCUACGAAGAAAACGGAGGCCGCCCUGAGUCUAACCCGUUCGGCGCCAAGGCCGUUAGGAUUUACCUGAGGGAAGUUAGGGAAGGACAAGCCAAAGCGAGAGGGAUCCCUUAUGAGAAGAAAAAGCGAAAGAGGUCGACGGUGACGGUGUCGGCGGUGAGUAGUAGUAGUGGAAGUGGUGCAAUUUCUAUUGCUAGUGGAAGUGGUGGUGGUGGUGACGGCAACAACGGCGGUGGUGAAACUCCUGCCUGUGGUGGUGGAGCCGGUGGUUCUAGUGCUAGUACUCUAACUUCUACAGCUAAUGUUUCUACUACUUCUACCACCGUAUAG